AUGGGGUUCCCAAAAACCCGUGGACCCGACUCUGUGGUGAUGGUUCGGGACAAGCUGGUAGUUCGGCAAGGCAAGGUUUGUGAUCCAUGGUCCAGAACUCGAGCACAGAGUUCUGAAAUCUUGGGCAAUCGCAUGGCCAGCCUCGUGCUUCGUACCAAAGCCUGGGUGGGGAUUCUCUUUCCUCCCCGAUCCACGUUCCGUCGCCGGUUUUCUCCAUCCGCCCACAUCAUUGGCUCUAGUACUUUAUGCACCUACUCUUUCCGUGGAACCUUCAACCUAUCCCGCGUGCGAUUUGAGGUUGGGUUGGACGGUGGGAUGGAGGGGGAGGAGAGGGGGCUGAGGGGAGGGAGGCAAGAAAAAGGAAAAUCCUUGCCAGGCCAAAUAAAAAAGUGGGCGAACGAAAAACGCCCCAGCCGAGCGGUUGCAGAAAGUGGGCGUCCGUCAGUCCUGCACCCGAGCAUCCACUUUGACAUCUCCCCUAGCCUUGUGGGCUGGGAGGGAAGGGGAGUGGAUGCUGGAUUGUCGACGGGUGGUGGUGUUGAUGGUGGUGGGCACUGGCGGUCGACUGAGUACGGAGUUGACCAUGUGUUUCCAGUUGGCCCCGGUACUGUACCUAUCACUGCUCAAGGACUGGAUGAACAUUCGGAUAGAGGACAAGCAUUUGAAUCUGCAAAGGGGUCCCAGCCUGUUGUUGCGUCGCCAGCAAUGUAUGAAGGCUCGGAUGUUGAGGUCAUUGCUCCCUUUGUUCUCAGCUCGGAUAUCCCCCAUGCACGUAACUGGGCCCAGUUCAAGGACAGUUUCAACUCCGACCUUGGUCUCUCUCUCUCUUCCCUUCCGCUUCCCACCCAUAUAGAGAAGAGGAGACAGUGGGCUUUCCAUUCUAGCCAAUUGGCGCCGAUGGUUUCUGGUUCUCUAUUCUCCCUUUUCAUCCCCCCGGUGGACACCAAGUUUAUUGCGUGUGAUGUGUUCGAACUUCGAACCUCGUCACUUGGCCAGUUGCUAACUUGA